CACAAACUAUCCAAAGGCCAGCUUUUUUCUCUCUUUCUGCAUAUACAAAAAAAAAAGUACAGAAAAGUUUUAGAGAGAAGAAAGGGAGGUCAAUAAAAAUACCCAUAAUAUAACUAUGGCUUCUGAAUUGAUCUACCGGGGACCGGAAUCACAGCCGGUUCCCGACGUUUACACUCCGAAACCAGACAAGCCAUGGUUGAGUGUAAUUCGACCCGUUCGUUACUUGUUACGCGAACAACGCAUCGUUUUCCUAUUUGUAGGCAUUGCUAUCGCCUCUUUAAUCUUCGCCCUUUUGCCCUCGUCUCGUUCGGGCAGCUUAAAUUACGCGAUCUACGACUCCUACUUACCCUCCGAGUCGACUCAGUCUCAGGUGGCUCACCGUAUGAUCUACCAGAACCGACCCGGAUUCGGGUCGUUCAAUUCGGGCGGGAAGAUCCCGUUGGGCUUGCAACGUAAGGGUUUGAGGAUCGUAGUGACCGGUGGUGCCGGUUUUGUAGGUAGCCACCUUGUGGACCGUUUGAUUGCUAGAGGUGAUAGCGUGAUCGUCGUUGAUAACUUUUUCACCGGUCGCAAAGAGAAUGUUAUGCACCAUUUCGGUAACCCUAGGUUUGAGCUCAUUCGACACGACGUCGUUGAGCCACUUUUGCUUGAAGUUGACCAGAUCUAUCACCUUGCUUGCCCUGCUUCCCCUGUUCAUUACAAGCAUAACCCCGUCAAGACUAUUAAGACUAAUGUGGUGGGGACAUUGAACAUGCUGGGAUUAGCUAAAAGAGUCGGUGCGCGGUUUUUGCUAACGAGCACCAGCGAGGUGUACGGUGAUCCAUUAGAACAUCCACAGAAAGAGACAUACUGGGGCAAUGUUAAUCCCAUCGGUGUCCGAAGUUGCUACGAUGAGGGAAAGCGAACGGCUGAAACGUUGACCAUGGACUACCACAGAGGUGCUGGCGUCGAGGUGAGGAUUGCUAGGAUCUUUAACACCUAUGGACCUCGUAUGUGCAUUGAUGAUGGUCGCGUUGUCAGCAACUUUGUCGCUCAGGCCUUAAGGAAGGAGCCUUUGACGGUUUAUGGAGAUGGGAAGCAGACAAGAAGUUUCCAAUUUGUUUCAGAUCUGGUUGAGGGCCUUAUGCGCUUGAUGGAAGGAGAACACGUUGGACCAUUCAACCUCGGAAACCCUGGCGAAUUCACAAUGCUUGAACUUGCUAAGGUGGUCCAGGAAACCAUUGAUCCAAAUGCUCAGAUUGAGUUCAGACCAAACACAGAGGAUGACCCACACAAGAGGAAGCCUGAUAUCUCAAGGGCUAAAGAGUUACUUGGUUGGGAACCAAAAGUGGCUCUCAAGAAAGGACUGCCUAUGAUGGUGCAAGACUUUAGGCAACGUAUUUUUGGUGACCACAAAGAAGAUGCUUCUUCAGCUUAAUAGAGAGAGUGUAUUUGGAUAUUGUUUAUGGUAUUUUAACUCGGUCAGGGGCGAAAUGCACCGCGGCGAAAGAUGACUCCUAUGCUCAUUUAGUUCAGCAAAAGUGCAGGCAGCAGUAGACUGAGCCCCCUAGUUCUUUGAAUAGUUUAAUAGUUGUUCAUGUUAUAUUCCUGUCAAUUUUGUAAUUCUAUUGUCCUUUUUUCAACACUUGAUGUAGACGAGCAACCUCCAUUAUUAUCGUAAGAAUAAACAGGUUCCUAUUUUUUCACUUAAA